AUGGGUUCGGGGAGUGUCGUCCCGGAAGGCGGACGAGGUGAAGCAUCGGAGGCUCUUGACCAGCCACCAAAUGCAUGGGAGAGACUUGGCCAGUUCUACAACAGGAACCUUGGCCUGUUUCUUGUGUUCCUGGCCGAGGUUUUUGCUUCUUUGAUGACGACAACGACACGCCUCCUGGAGACAGGUUUCACCACCAAAUUCCACGCACUGCAAAUCAUCUUUGUCCGUAUGCUGGCCACUGCUAUCUUGGGGUCUCUCUACAUGUGGAUCAAAAAGGUUCCCGACUUCCCCCUCGGCAAUCCCCAGAUCAGAGGACUGCUCGUCCUCCGCGGCUUUGCUGGAUUCAUCGGACUGUUUUGCUCCUACUACUCCUUGUCCUACCUAAACCUAUCCGACUCUACCGUCAUCAGCUUCAUCGUCCCGACCUUGACGGCUUUCAUGUGUUUUGUCGUACUCAAGGAGCCCUUCACCGUUCAGGAAGCUCUCGCAGGCGUGAUUGCGUUUAUUGGGGUCCUGUUCAUUGCGCGCCCGCCAUUCAUAUUCCCUGUGUCCGGAGACGGGGACGCGGCAAACAGUCUCGGGACCAUGGCUGAUGCUGAUGGGCCAAGUGGCAUAGUGCCUGCUGUACCUGCGACACCGGCAGAGCGGUCCCUCGCUGUUCUGCUUGGGGUCAUAGGGUCAUUUGGGGCUGCGACGGCCUACUCUACGAUCCGCGUCAUUGGCACGCGAGCCCACUCGCUCGUCAGCGUCAACUAUUUUGCCGUUGUGGCAACUGUUGGCUCGUGUCUGAUUAUCCUGAUACACCCAGACCUGGAAUUCAAGACGCCAGAGAACGCUACGCAAUGGGCUCUCUUGGUCGCGAUUGGUAUUGCGGGUUUCCUGCUCCAGUUCCUCAUCACCGAGGGACUGCAGCGGGAAAAGGGUGGAAGGGCCACCAAUCUCAUUUAUACUCAAUUGGUAUUUGCCCUGAUAUUGGAAAAGAUUGUCUGGGGAACUACACCGUCGGGCUUGAGCUUGAUUGGGGCGCUGCUCAUUAUUGGCGCUGCGAUUUGGGUCAGUCUGCAGAAGAGCAAAAAGUCGACUGGGCAAGUUCGGAGGCCCUCUGUGGACGAGGAGAGCAGCCUGCUGGGUAACAGUGGCGAUUCAGGUUCGCGCCGAGUCUAG